AGCGCUCACUCAACUGUUUUUGUUGUUAAUACAUUUAUUGUUCAGAUGGCAACUCUUGUUGAUGCAAUACAGAGGAAACAGGAAAAGUUGACAGAAAGUCACAUUUUAGUUGGUCACAUCCAAAAGACAUGUAAUCGUGACGGAUCGAAUAUUCUAUUUCCUACUCGGACAUUAACAAUGGACUCUCAAGAUAUAAAGAGCAUUGGUUGCAAGGAUGAAUUGCUAAAAGCAGCUGAACAUGUUAGAGAGUUAGAUUUGGCUUGUAAUCGGCUGUCUUCAUUUGAAGAGGUGUGUGUUUCUAUUCGCUGAAUAAUUAUAGUUUGGUAUCCAGCCAAAGUUUAGACGAUUUUUUCAUUGAUAAGUCCAAAUUUCAAUAAAUAAUAGUGGCUUUAUCGUAUUAAUCGAGGCGCUAGUUGUGUAUGUAUAGUCCUAUCCGGUUUCCGGAAAGCUUUUUGUCUUGAAAUGUAUUACUAGGCUAACAGUUAUGGGGCUCAUCAGUCAUAAACACGUGUGUUGACUGUUGUAACAGUUUUCUUAAUUUGUGUGUUGUAAUAAAAAAGUAGGACCAACCACCUCAAUAGGACAAAACAGUAACUAUAACUGGAGUGGGGGAUCAUUAUUAUUAUUAAAUAAUGUUAGAAAAGUUAACUUAGAUGACAUAAGAUACUUUACCAAUAUUAUAGCAUAAAAUAGUUCCCUUUGAGAUCAUUCCAAAGAUUUUGAGCCUAAUUAAUUAUGAUCGGCAUCAAUAAUGUUUGGCAGUAUCGGCUCGCUUUAUCUGUCAGUGAUUUCUACUAAGACUAUGUAGUCUGCAUCAGUCCUAUAAGUCCAGUUCAAAAGUAGUUCGUUCAGCACAACCUAUUUGUUUUCUUUGUCGGACCAGUCAUCUUAUAUAGUAUCAGUGUGAUUACAGGGAAACCUAACUAUUGCUAGAACUACGAAACUAUUGUGAUCACCUAAAUUGGUUAUGAGCAUUUUAAAAUCAGUAUUUAAAAUUCUAUGUUGGCUUGAGAAACUUGAAUCAUUAAAUUUAAGUCAAAACCCACUAGGUUGUCAUAUCUCUGAUAACCAAUCUUCCAAUUCAUCUUUUGAUGAAGAUACUAUUGGUUUAUUAUCUACUGAAGGAGAAGAAAACAUUCAACCUAUGAAUAGCUCUGAAUUAUCUAUACAGGAUCAAAAUUAUUUUUAUUUUAACAAACUGUCAUCUUCAUCCAAGUCGAAUAAAAUACUUCAGUCUAAACAUAAUGAAAUUGAUUUCUCACCAAUUUUUCACAAUGAAUCCAUGAAUGAUUCAAUAGAAAAAAUUAAGUCGACUAACCAUCCAAAUGAUGGUCUUGGUAGUAAUGGUAAUCUCAAACAAACAAGAGGAAAUGAACCAUCUAACAUGAAAACGCUACCAAAGCAUCCUUCAGCUCCAUCUGAACUGGCUUUAAAUUCCGGUAUUAUAUCUCCUACCACAGUGUUUCCUUGUUUAAGUGUACUAGCAUUGAAUUCGACGUAUGUACCAUGGGAUUGGGUGAUUGAUCUGCUUUAUCGACUACCAAACUUAACCGAUUUACACGUUGCACGUAAUAAUUAUGGAGCAGAAGAGCAGACUGAAGUAUCUUCUGAUCAUAAUGACGAUAAUGAUGCCACACCAUUACCUGUAUUUCCUCAUUUACACAGUUUAUAUUAUAGCGAUAAUGGCAUAUCGAAUUGGUGGACAAUAUGUCGUUUGUGUAAACAUUUCCCUGGAUUGGAACAAUUGAUUUUAUUAGGUAAUCCUAUUGAACAUAUACCAUUUCCGCAAGAGAAUUUACAUACAUCUCAGCAUACAACAACAACUACUAAUAAUAAUAAUAAUAAUACUGAUAAUAAUACAUCAAGAAAUACUUGUUAUCAGCAUCAGUGCUUAUUUCAAAAUGUACAUACAUUAGGUUUAUCAGAAACACUAAUCAAUCAAUGGGAAAGUAUUGAUGCUUUGAAUGAAUGGAUGCCUAGUUUAACCAAUUUACGAUUAGGCAAUACUUUACCUGUAUUUCAGUCUUGGAUAGAACCUGAUUGUCGAGCUCAUGUAAUUGCCAGAUUACCAAAACUUACUACAUACAAUCGAAGUGUCAUUGAUGCAGAGGAACGUGAAAGUGCUGAACGAGAAUUUGUUCGAUAUUAUGGUCAGAUUGAUCCAGAUAAACGUCCUAAUCGUUAUUGGGCUCUAGAACGUCGACAUGGUCGACUUCAACCAUUAGCUAACAUUGAUUUAUCUCCAAAACAGCACAUUCGUGUACGUGUCACAAUGUCAGGGAAAGAAGUUUGGUAUAAUAUAAAUGUCAACUUAAAAGUAUCACAAGCUAAACGUCAUUUCUGUAAUUUAUUCAAUAUUACUAAUCAGCAUGAAAUUAAACAUUUGAAAUUAUUUUAUUUUGAUCAAGUUAUGUCACAAAUUCAAGGUCCAGAAGAAUUAAAAUAUCCAAAUCGUAAUUUAUAUUCAUAUCAAAUAGAGACUGGUGAUUUAUUCGAAUUAGUACGAUAUCCGGAUCCUUGAUAAUAGAAAAUAGAACUUUCACAAAAGUACAAUAUGAUAUGAAUGUUUGUGUGUGUGUGUAUGUAUGUAUGUAAUUUUGUUAAUCCUUUCUCUUUUUUUUGUGCAACAUGCCUGUUUGUAUAAUAGUCGUUGAUUUGUUUGUUUUCAUUGUCAUCGAUUUCCCCUCCCCCCUCUGUCUCUCUCUUACUCGUCGGUUUCCCUCUUUCCCCCAUUUGUCAUAUUUACUCCCCAUUCACAAUAUAAUAGUGUAUAUUCACCCGUUCAUUCAUUCAUUUGAUCUUAUUAAUUGUGAAAUGGUGGUUUAUUGGUUAAGGUGUUCCACCUUCAAUCUUGUUCAUUUUUAUUCAUUUCCAUUGGAGCAGCUGAAUAGUAUCAUCGUUAUCAUUAUUUUGAAUCCCUUUACCUAUUGAAUAAGGUUAUCGGUUAAAGUUCUAAGUACUUGAUUAGUGACUUAUAUUGUCUGUCUAUGUCUAUUUGUGAAUGUAUGUGUAAAUAUGUACUACAUUAUAAUUGUUCUCUUAUUACCUUUUAUUUAUUCAUUCAUACAAGAUGUGAUAGACUCCAAGUUUUUUCUUCUAUUCUAUUGAUUAGUUAGUAUUUUUGACAAAUCAAUCAUGAUCAUUUUCGAUCAUUUUGCUUUUAAGGUACAAUGUUAUGCAUCCAUACUCAGUGUAUGUGUAUGUGUGUGUGCUCUUCUGGCAGUUUUGUGAUUUAUUUUCCUGUUUUCUUUUGUUUGUUUUUGAGUUUAUCUUUCUUUUUUUCCGUGUUAUUUAUUUGUUUGUUUAUUUCCAUACAUCUUAAUUCCUUGAUGAAUAUAAAUAAAGCGCUAAGAACAAGACAUCCCAAAUAAAAUGAAUACAUCAUUAU